UGUCAAUGCAGAUUUCAACUCUAUGACAGUUCUUGGAUAAGAUGUGAUGAACAAAGUAACAAUUUUACCAAAUAUGGUCAAACGCAUGGAGUAUAAUCAUUGCAAUCUUACAAUUCUACCCAGGGAAUUGUGUUUAUACUGUCACCUAAAUGAAUUUGACCUUCGCUAUAACAAUAUUUACAUCAAAAAUGAUUCAAUUACAUGUUUUGGAUCAUUGAGGUAUUUAAACAUGGCUUAUAAUAACUUAAAAAUUCUGCCAGGUGGAUUCCUAAAUAGAUUGAACAGAGAGAGGAAUUCCUUCAGUGUAGAAAACAACCUAAAACUUAACUUUAGCCAUAAUAACCUUGUGGAAGUCGAUGCAGUAUUUCUGGAAGGAAUUUAUAAUGAAUAUGAUUUUUCUCACAAUAAAAUUAACAAAAUCACAAACAUUAAUAACGUAACGUUGCGGGAUUUUGCUCAAGGACGUUACUAUACAUUUCAUCUGACUCAUAAUAACUUUACCGCUUUUGGAAUACAAGAACUGUCCAAUAUCAACAUUGCAAAUAAAGCAGACCUUCAUGCAUUAUUCAAUACUCAUGGCUUUAAGGAUAUUAAUAUCAUGUACAAUCCAUUAGUUUGUGAUUGUAGCAUGUACAAUACAUUCACUGUUAUAAAGCGGAUGAAGAUUGAAAGCUCAAGGCCAUCUAUUAGAGUAGAAAGGACACUAAGGUGGAUCUCAGACAACUUCAAAUGUAAAUUUCCAGAAUCAGACAUACUACAUAAUGUCACUGAUCUGUCUGAAAAUGAUUUCCAAUGUAAACUCACAGAAGAUUGUCACAAAGCAUGUGAAUGUCACUAUAUUCCACAUGAAUCAAAUCUUUAUGUGGAUUGUAUAAACAAAGACCUUUAUGAACUUCCACAAAUAGUGCCUCAGUCAUCACAGGAGACAUCUAUUGUACUAAAUGUCAGUAGUAAUCACAUACAGACAUUGCCAAAAAGGAACUACAUCAGCAAAAUAAAAGUUUUAGAUCUCAGUUAUAAUGAUCUAAAUGUUAUUGAAAUCACAAAUAUUAACGAUUUCAGUCAAAUUUCUGAGCUUCUUUUACAAUACAACAAAUUAUCUUCGUUACCUAGGAACUGGGAAUAUACCGUGUCAUCUUUAAAGAAAUUCUGUCUCCAUGGUAACCAUUUUAAAUGUGAUUGCUCAAGUUUGUGGAUGGAAAAAUGGAUUCUUCAAAGAGAAAAAUCCAUUGACUUUUGUGGGAAUAAUAUUGUCUGUAAAGAUGGAUCACCUAUAACCAAUCAAAGAAUAAGCAAAACAGUCUGCUUAAUAGACUGGAAACUACUCGUAGGGAUGUGUUGCCUUGUUGUCUUAGUAACAGUUACUGCAAUCGUCACCUUAUGUUAUUUCAAACCUGUGAUCAUUUUAUUGAUCAGAAAAAAGAAAUCAUACACAGUAGAUAUAGGGACAAAAAACAGUGAUGCUUUUGUAUGUUUUGACAUGAAUGACUUUGAAUGGGUGGAUGAGCAUAUAAUUAAGCAACUGGAACCAAAAUUCAAACUAUGGUGUAUUCCAGAAAGAGACUUUUUGGCAGGAGACAUCUUGGUGGAUGUAAUCACAGAAAGCAUCGAACACACACAAAGGACAAUCAUGAUUCUGUCUCGCCAUUUCCUCGAAAGCUUGGAGUGUGUGAACCAAUUCAAGUUGGC